AUGUCGGCUCGGGAUUGCGUUUUCCCACCGAGGGAGUCGGGAUACAUGGACAACAAGAGCCGUGCCGGAGCCGAGCAGAAAGCCAAGAAGAUGCCCAUCAACAGGGAGGGGUUGUGCAAGAUGUAUGCCAAGAUCCAGCCGUUGCCGGAGACACAGCACAGGGGUUUCUCCUAUGUCUGCAGCUUCGGUGCCAAAGUAAGAAGCAUGAUGGACAAGGAGCAGCUGAAAAAGAUUCUCCUGCUGACCUACGUGUGCAAUGCAGAGGCAGAGUACCAGCAAGGCUUUUGUGAGAUGCUCCUGCUCUUCCAUCUCCUGGUCGAGAAGGAACAUGAGGUCUACUGGCUCUUCUAGCUCUUCCUCCAGAAGACAAAGCACAGCUGUGUGAUGAACACUGGUGUGGGGAAGAGCUUCAUCAUGCUGAAGACCUUGGUUACAUUUAUGGAUCCCACCUCUGCAAAACACCUGGAAGGAAAAGGCCUGCAAGUUAUUCACUCACUGGUCCCUUCCUUUUGCUUCUCCUUCCAGUAAGUAUUUGAGUCCUUCAGCGAUAUCUGAAGGCUGUGGGAGGUUUUUCUGAGGGGGAAGUCCUGCCGAAAUUCCCAAGUGCUCAUGGCCUUG